GAGGCGCACGCGGCUGCAGAGCGCGCAGCGCCGCUCAGCUCGCGGUCCAGCCCGGAGGAGCGACCCAGGCAGUGAGACGGCGCCUUCGUGCGCUUGUCCCCGCCGGGUCUCAAGCUCCCGCGAACGCACGGUGCCCCAGACUGCAGGGCGCAGGGCGCGGCCGGCGUGCACGGCGCGCUGCUCCUGGGUUCCCCUGCCAGAACGCACACCUCUCUUCCCCCCGCGAUGGGCACGUGGUGGCCGCUGCUGCUGCUGCUCUUGGGCUCCGCGGGCGCCCGCGCGCACGACCCCGACGACGGCGACUACGAGGAGCUGGUGCUGGCCCUGCGGUCCGAGGAGGACGGCCCGGCCCACGCGGCCCAGUAGGUGGCCACUGCCACCUUCCGCCGCUGCGCCAAGGAUGCCUGGAGGCUGCCAGGCACCUACGUGGUGGUGCUGAGGGAGGAGACCCCGCACUCGCAGCCAGAGCGCACUGCCCGCUGCCUGCAGGCCCGAGCCGCCCAUCAGGGCUACUGCGCCGAGAUCCUGCACGUCUUCCACGGGCUCUUCCCCGGCUUCCUGGUGAAGAUGAGCAGUGACCCGCUGGACCUGGCCCUGAGGCUGCCCCACGUCCAGUACAUCGAGGAGGACUCCUUCGUCUUUGCCCAGAGCACCCCAUGGAACCUGGAGCGCAUUAUGCCUGUGCGGCCCCAGGAGGAUGAGUACCACCCCCCCCCCCCAACCGCGCCCUGGAAGGACGGAGCCGGCCCGGUGGAGGUGUACCUCCUGGACACCAGCAUGCACAGCGGCCACCGGGAAGUUGAGGGCAGGGUCACAGUCACCGACUUCGAGAAUGUGCCUGAGGAGGACGAGACGCGCUUCCACAGACAGGCGGACAAGUGUGACAGCCACAGCACCUACCUGGCGGGUGUGGUCAGCAGCCAUGAUGCUGGCGUGGCCAAGGGCACCAGCCUCCGCGUGCUCAACUGCCAGGGCAAGGGCACGGUGAGCGGUGUCCUCGCAGGUCUGGAGUUCAUUUGGAAGAGCCAGUGGGCCUAGCCCACUGGGCGCUUGGUGAUGCUGCUGCCCUUGGCAGGAGGGUACAGCUGGGCCUUCAAUGCCGCCUGCCAGCGCCUGGUGAGGACUGGGGCGGUGCUGGUGGCCGCUGCCGGCAACUUCUGCGACGACUCCUACCUCUACUCCCCAGCCUCGGCUCCCGACGUCAUCACAGUUGGGGCCACCAGUGCCCAGGACCAGCCAGUGAUGGGGGUCCUGAGGACCAACUUUGGCUGCUGUGUGGACCUCUUUGCCCCAGAGGAUGACAUCAUUGGCACCUCCAGUGACUGCAGCACCUGCUACACCUCGCAGAGUGGGACGUCGCAGGCCACGGCACACGUGGCUGGCAUCGUGGCUGUGAUGCUGACCGCUGAGCCAGAGCUCCCCCUGGCCAAGCUGAGGCAGAGGCUCAUCCGCUUUUCUGCCAGAGGCGUCAUCAACGCGGCCUGGUCCCCCAAGGACCAGCAGGCGCUGCCCGCCAACCUGGUGGCCACACUGCCGCCCCAUGCCCCAGGAGCACAUCAGCAGGGUGGGCAGCCGCUCUGCAGGACCGUGUGGUCGGCGCGCUCGGGGUCCCUGCGCACGGCCAGCACCCUGGCCCGCUGCGCCGCGGACGAGGAGCUGCUGGGCUGCUCCGGCCUCGCCGGGAGCGGGAGGCGGCGGGGCGAGCGCAUCCAGACCCAGGGCUGCAGGCGGGUCUGCCUGGCCCACAACGCAUUUGGGGGUGAGGGUGUCUACGCCACUGCCAGGUGCUGCCUGCUGUCCCGGGCCAACUGCAGCAUCCACACGGCUCCGCCAGCCCAGGCCGGGAUGGAGACCCAUGCCCGCUGCCAGCAGCAGGGCCAUGUCCUCACAUGUGGGAGGUGGGGCCCCCCCAGGGAGCAGGCAUCCUGCCCCACCCGGCUGUUCCAGUGCUGGAGUCCGACUGCCACGCUCGAGCUGGGCAGGCAACCUCUCCUCUCUCAGCCCCGCUUCCUCCUCCCUAAGAGGGAGGGUGGUAGUACCUGCCUCACUGGACGGGGGCGGGGAGGAGAGACAGAGGCUCUCCCGGCCUUCCAGCAUCUGAGCAGGCUCCGACGGGGAGGCGGAGGACCCAGGCACCCCGGGCGGCCUGCGGCAGCGCCGCGAGGUCAGCGCGCCCCGUGUGUGGGCCGCAAGGAGGCCAGCGUGCACGCUUCCUGCUGCCGCGCCCGGGGGCCGGAGGGGCUGGAGGGCCGAGUCCGGGAGCGCGCGGUGCGGCCCCGAAGAGGUGAAGAGGGCGGGCGGGGGGUGGCGCCUGGCGCCCGGGGCGUGUGUCGGUGCCGGCGCCGGCGUCUGUGUCGCCGCCACACCCGCGCGCAUCGGGGGUGGCCUGGGGGUGGCGGCGUCUGUCGGCAGCCGUCAGGGCUGUGUGGCCGCGGGUGCGUGUCCUCGGGGGCCGGUGAGCGGCCCCCGGCCCUGCGCCCCCGCGGAGGACGCGCGGCGACAGCGGAGCACAGGGAGGGCUGGUCACGACCCGGAGGAGGGGACGCCUGGGCUAGUGCGGCAGGAGGAGGAGGAGGGACCUGCGAGACGGGCGAGGCCACCGGCCGGCUGAGGGCAACCCGCAGGGACAGCUGCUCCGCGAGGCUCCUUGAAGGGCCGCUGGGGCCGGGCCGGGAAGCCGGGAGUCGCUCGCAGGAACUCAGAGGGUUUAACGCCCAGGACUGCGGACCGUGGUGGGGAUGGCGCGGUGCCGGGCGGGGUGGGGGUGGGGGGCGUGGUUCUGCUGGGCUCGCGCGGCGGGUGUGGGGGGCUGCGGCCUUCCAGCACCAUCGCAGGCCUUGGGGAUGCAGACCCCGCAAGCUCUCCUCUCCUGGAGCGCCCACCCCUGUGGGAGGACAGUCCACAGAGGAGCAGUCUCACAGAGGACUUAGAGGACGCCACGGAGAAGAACAGCAGGAAAGGGAGCGGGCGGGUGCUCAGGAGGGGCCUCACGGAGGAGGUGGACGUCGCCUGGGCCCGCAGGCCUGGCUCACAGCCUGCGUGCUGUACACUUGCUUUCUUGUCCCCUGGCCCCAGCAGGUCACCGUGGCCUGUGAGGAGGGCUGGACCCUGACCGGCUGUGGGGUCCUCCCCGGGGCCCUCCGCACCCUGGGGGCCUACCCAGUGGAUGACACGUGUGUGGUGAGAAGUUGGGACGCCGGCACAGGAGGUGGCACCGGGGAGGAGGUGGCGACAGUGAGGGCCAUCUGCUGCAGGAGCUGGCCCUCAGCGGAGCAGGCCCCCUGGGAGUCCCAGUGACAGCCCUGGGGACGCACGCACAGGGAAGGGGGCCGGGCCCGGGUGCUGGGGUUCCAGGUCUUGUCUGAGCUUUGAAAUGGCUCCUUCUUUCCGGGUCCUCAGCCCGGGCCCCAGGGGACAGGCUGCUGGUGCUGGGGGUGGGCAGCGCUCCCUGCCCGGGGCAACCUGCUCUCUCAGCCCCUCCCAGGCCUGAGCUGAGGGAGGCUGGGUGUGGCAGGGCUGCAGGCACUGGGCAGCCCCUCCCUCCCUGCAGGGCUGUGCCUAGCACUCGGCCAUUAACACUGGUCAAGCCAUGCCCUGCUUCCUGCAAGCGGCUCCCAAGAUGCCAACACUUGGGGGCAGAAUGACCUUUCUGAGCCUCUGCUCCACAUCAGGCAGGCAGUCCCCGGCCUCCACGAGGGGUAACAGUCCUCACGUGGGGAAGCAAGGGGGACCUUGAGGGCUGGCAGGGGCCAAGCAUCAGUCAGGGGAAGGGAGUGUGAAAGGCAGAGAGGCCCCUCACUUCCUGCCCACUUGGGGGGCCCCUUUGGGCUCCUGAUUAACGGAAGACCAGUUUUCCAUGCCUCUAGGGGUGCAGGGUGGAGGGUAGGCACUGACGGGAUGCUUCCCCAGAUCCUGCCAAUGCUUCACAAUGCCCAGAGUGCUUCUCCACCGGCAUCCUCAGAGUUUCAGAGCAGCCCUGUUACAAGGGCAGGGCCUGGCCUAUCCAUUGGAUAGAUAAGGACAUUGAGGCCAGAAGAAUGAGCCCCUGGUCAGCUGCCAAGAGACCUUGGUUCAAGUCCUUGCUUUCUCUGGAGAGUUCUCCAUCAGUCCAUGGUCUCCUUGGGCCCUCCCAGUCCUGUGUUAGGACUCACCUCCUGGAAGACAGCUUUCACUGAUAAAAUUCCUAGCUCCUGAACCCACCCCUGGGCCCCCAGCAGCAGCAUGAGAGAUCCAGCUAGAGGCUGGAGACAGGUCCCAGUGAUCUGGGCUGUGCCUUUGUUUCUCUCAGCUGCCCUCGGCCUGCUCCUGGCAGGGAGACAUCACCCCCGGGCUGACUUCAGUCUGCAGUGGAGGGCUCCAUGCUGGCCAUACACCUUCUCUCACCCAGGCCUUGAGCCCACCCCACACGGGACAUGUUGUCAUCCCUGCUUUAGGGAGGGAGAAACUGGGAACCAGAGAGGGGGCGUGCCUGCCAAGCUCACACGGAAAGUGAGGUGGUGCCAGGACAUGAGCCCAGAUUCGGCGCACAGACGCGAGGUGACUGAGGACAGAGCACGGGGUGGGGGCACUGGCUGAUCCAGCGUGACCCAGGUGGAGACGCCCUCCGAGGGAUGGGGGGCAACUCCCCCUCCUCGAGCUCCCCCCGCCCCAUGCAAACAAACAGGCAUGCAUUUAUCUUUUCGGUCUGGGUUUGUAAACAGCUCUCUCGCUUGCCUUUUUAUUGCAAUGAGCUUUUCCAGACCUCUGUUUUGCUUUUGUAACUUGCAGAUAUUUAUUCUGGGUUUGGUAGUGUUUUUAUCAUAUGGUGACUUUUUAAAAUAAAAACAACUGUCAUGACUUGCCUGCCUUUGUCCAGCAUGAUGCCUUGCUUGUACCAGCACCCGAAUGGUUGAAGAAAUCAAGUACCUGAUAAGGCCUGGUCCCUGUCCUAGGAUAGGUCAGUGUCUCCCCGCAGCUUCCCAGAGGCCCCCAAGCAGCCAGGGUCCCCUCCCUGGUACCUUGUGCCUACAGCCUUCUGGACACUGUCGUCCACGCCCACCACUGAGCUCUGGGCCCCAGCUCUUUUCGUUCUCCGCUCCCUGGUGCCUGGCACAGAGUCAGCGUUUAGGCAAUCAGUUGUGUGAGUGCCCAAGGCUUCUGUAAUGGGUCAGCACUAUGUCCAUGAUCAUUUCUCAUGAUGGGAAAUUAAGAACAGGCUUAGAACUUUCCAGUUGGCCAAGUACAACGAUCCGGCUCUCGGUGGGUCCUCCCAGCCCCGCUCUGAGGCUGGCGAGUGUAGCUCUCCUGAGCAAGGCCUCUCUCUACACAGCCCAUAUCAUAAAUGGUGCGAGAAUCUGCCUACAACGGCAAAAACCCUCCCAAACUAUUUUCUGACAACAUAGCAUCAUGGAAAGCGUUCCAGAGCCGCCAGACACCAAUGCCCGAGGGCCAGGGAAGACAGCGUGCGCACCUGUGCCCACCCACCUCGCCUGCUGUGCGGCGCUGGACGCCGCCCCUCCUCCACCCCCGGGACGGCGCUGUCAAGCGUUGGGCUGUGAGAGCUCCACGCCCGCGGCACUGUGACUUCGAGAAGGGAACAACUUGGUCCCUGCAGAUGUUGGCAGGUGGUCGCCUGGAGCGGGGGAGAGGUGGGUGUCGGCCACAGGACCAGCAACAUCCCGGGAAAGGGAGCCACGUGCACCAACACAGGACCUCAGGGGUGAGACUGAGACCCCCGGGGUCCAGCAAGAAACCCAGCUUGGCCAGGGACAUGCUUCACGCCGGGGGCCACUUGGGGGAUGCGGAAGCUAAGGGGGAGACGUCUGUAGGCCAUCAAUGGUGCUGAACUCGGCACCAUUUUCCAGGCUUUGCAAAUGAAUCCUGAAAUGGUCACGUUACCCAGAGGGAAG